AUGGUUUUCUACGAAACUGGUUCUGAUCAUGGAUUACCUUACGAUCCAUUCAAAGCCUGCGUAGUGCCCCGCCCAAUCGGCUGGAUAUCCACCCGCUCGCUCCAAGGAACAGACAAUCUAGCCCCCUACUCCCAAUUUACAAACCUCACUUUCGAUCCACCGUACGUGAUGUUCUCUUCCAACCGCACCCCAGACGGAAAACGCAAAGACACGGUCGAGAAUGCCGAAAGCACUGGUUUCUUCGCCUGGAAUCUCGCCACUUAUGCUCUUCGCGAAGAAGUAAACAUCACAGCCCAACAGCUAGACCCUUCUGAAGAUGAAUUCACACAUGCAAAGCUGGAAAAAGAGGAAGCGAGAAACAUUCCAGUGGCAUUGGUAAAGCAGAGUCCAGUGAGGUUUGAAUGUGCAUUCGACAGAGUCAUCGAAUUACCCGGAAAUCCGCCCAUGGGAACUGUCGACAUAAUCUUCGGCCGCGUCCUCGCCGUCCACAUCUCCGACACGGUCCUCACAAACGGCAAAAUAGACAUUAGCAAAACGGAACCCAUAGCCAGACUCGGCUACUACGAGUACGCGGUGAUUAGAGAAACGUUUGAGAUGAAGAUUCCAGGCACGAACAAAGCGCUUUUGGAUGGGCUUGAGGGAAGUUCAAAGGCGAAUAGGAAGUUGGAGGCUAAGGAUGCAGAAAAGGGACAGUUGAAGAGGGCGCAGAGUGCUGGUGCUGAGGGGGCGGUUGUAGAGGGGGAGUGA